CGCAUAAUAUUAUGUAAUUUGUUAAUAUUGUGAACGACAAUAUAUUAUUUAUAUUGUUUAUUAAUGUGCGCAGUUGACAAUUUAUGACAUUGGGACAUAAUAGUAAUAUUUUCGUCUUUUGCCCUUCGGCCGGGUCUGAAACUCGCACGGUUUUCUCUUUUGUUCUGUAGAUCAACUUACACGCCCACCUCGUCGUCGCGUUAUCACCACUGAUAUUAUUGUUUUGUGAUAUCGACUAUCGAGGCAUCCAGACAUAUGACGCUUUCUUAACAUCGUCAUUAAAACUCGGAUAAGUCGUCAGUGUUAUAAUAUAUUUAUUCAGUAGAGCAGUACUGCAGUAGACAUUUUACUUGCGGUUAGGUACUACUGCGCUAAAACACGCCUAUUGUUAUUUGUUGUAUAUUAUAGCAAUUAUAUUACUACCGUCGAAGCGUCGUCGAACCCAUGUACCCAACACUUAGUUAUCUAUAAAAGAUAGUAUACAUACACAUUACACACGCACAAAUCCGAGCGUUUUGUGUCAUUCAACGGCGUCUGUGGUUUUAUAGAGCAUAUUAUUAUAUUAAUUUUUAUCUAAUCUACGAAACGAAUAUAAAAUUCUGCCCACUGGAAUUCGAAGGUAGCGUACGGACCCUUGUUCUACACUCACCGCAGUGGUGCGAUGAGCGGUCAACAUUUGGCAGAUGGUGCUGUCGACACCAGCAAUAGUGGAAAUCAUAGUCCAGUCGACAUUAAAUCACCUACAUCAAUUGAAAAGCAACACAGUUACGAGCAAAUCGAUCAUGCUCAUUUUUUGGCCAAUGACAUCGGCACUCUUUAUCUCAAUGACAGGUUUUCUGAUGUUGUGUUGGUAGUGAAUGGUGAACGUUUUCAUGCUCACAGAGUAGUGUUGGCUUCAAGAAGUGAUUAUUUUAGAGCGUUGCUGUAUGGUGGUCUCAAAGAAUCUCAUCAACCAGAAGUGGAAAUCACCGAAGCUUCAGUUAAUUCAUUUAAAAAGCUUCUUGAAUAUAUUUACUCGGGCCGCAUGAACUUAAGUAUAUUGAAGGAUGAAGUAAUUUUAGAAAUAUUUAGUCUUUCCAAUUUAUUUGGCUUUACCAAUUUGGAACUAUCGCUGUGCAAGUAUUUACGCAGUAAUAUCAAUGUUUACAAUGUGUGCUCCAUGUUUGCUGCAGCACGUUUAUAUCAGCAUAAAGAGUUAGUUACGGAAGCCUUGAACUUUACUGACUAUCAUGCAUUGGAAGUACUUCAAUCUGAAGCUUUUUUAUCUCUUUCAUCUGAAGCACUUCAAGAAGUACUUAAUAGAGAUUCAUUGUACGCUUACGAAUUAGAUAUAUUUCGGGCGGUUUGUCGUUGGAUUAAGGCAAAUCAAGAUGAUGAAGAUCCUGAGGUUAAAAUUAAAGUUUUGUCUGCUGUCAGAUAUCCCCUGAUGAGUCUAGAUGAAUUGCUUUCCGUUGUGAGGGAAUCACAACUUGUAAGUUCUGAUAAUAUUUUGGAUGCCAUACAACUACGAAAUACAUUACCUUCGCAUAAACUCAAAUUUAGAGGACAGCUAAAACCUAAUCUAAAUAUUGCUCAUCCUUCACAAGGCGCUCAGGUAAUGCAGGGAGAAAUGCGUUCAGCAUUAUUAGAAUCUGAUUCUAGUGGUCAUGAUCAUGAGCGGGGAUGUACUAGGCAUUUAAUUAAUGAAAGCGACAGUGGUAUUAUGAUAAAGCUUGGUCAUCCUUCAAUUAUUAAUUAUAUAAAAAUGCAACUAUGGGAUAAGGAUCUUAGGUCCUAUUCUUAUUACAUUGAGGUAUCAAUGGACCAGCAUGAUUGGGUGCGUGCUAUUGAUCAUUCAAAUUAUUAUUGUCGAUCAACUCAGCGUUUGUGGAUACAUCCUCGAGUAGUGCAAUACAUUCGUAUAGUGGGUACCAAUAACACUGUUAAUAAAUGUUUCCAUGCAGUGUCAAUGGAAAUCAUGUACAAUUCUGAAGAAAUGCAUUUGGUUGACAUUGAAAAAGGAUUAGUAGUACCAAAAUAUAAUGUUGCUACAAUGGCCAUGAAUGCUAUUGUGAUCGAUGGAGUGAGUCGAUGUCGAAAUUCAUUAUUGGAUGGCAACUCUAAAGAUUAUGACUGGGAUUGCGGAUACACAUGUCAUCAAUUGGGUUCUGGAUGCAUACUUGUUCAACUUGGUCAACCCUAUAUGCUUAGUUCAAUGAGAAUGCUACUUUGGGAUUGUGAUGACCGCUACUAUAGUUACUACGUUGAAGUGUCAGUUAACAUGUGGGAUUGGGAAUUGAUUGUUGACAAAUCAAAAGAGCUAGUUCGAUCUUGGCAACUUUUGCAGUUCAACUCUCGGCCCGUUGUAUUUAUUCGUAUAACUGGUACAUAUAAUUCAGCUAAUGAGGUUUUUCACUGUGUUCAUCUAGAGGCACCAGCUCAGGUUCCAUUAGACUUAAAUACAGUUGAAGUCGAACAGGAAAUUUCAAAUUUACAAGUAACAAAAAAAAUAAACAGUAAUGUAUCAGAUGAGCCCGAGUCAAUGGAAACACCACCAACCACAGCAGCAGAAACGUCAACCGCUGCAACGGACGGCCUGACCGUUUAAACCAUCCAUUUUACUACAUCAUUUGCUAAUGUUCCUCGCGUAUUUUCCAUAAUAGACUGAAUGUUAUAUCAAAUUGUUAUUUAUUUAUUUUUUCGUUUA